CGGGGCUCUCCGUUUACAUUAUUCAUACGGAGGAGGGUGUGACUUGUUGGCCCUUUUUUCCGCCUGUAUAAAACGAGAAGUUCGCGUAAAAGAAAAUACAGAUGGAGAAGGCUAGCCGGCUCGCUGUGUCACAUAGAGUGCCCUUAAGCCAACGUGACAACUCACAUACUGUCCCUUUGUGACCAGCUUCAUAGGCAGAAUGCCCGGUAUCUGCGUGCUUUGUCUGGCCGCCGCUCUGGCUGCGUUCACCCGGCUGGCCGGAACGGUGGGGCCGGUGGUCCGCUGUGAGCCGUGCGAAGCCAGGGCGCUCCUGCAGUGCACGCCGCUGCCCAAGGACUGCACGGAGCGGCUGAGGGAGCCCGGCUGCGGCUGCUGCAUGACGUGCGCUCUCGGUGAAGGACAGGCGUGUGGAGUGUACACAGCGCGCUGUAGCUCCGGCUUGACCUGCCAACCCCAGCCGGGGGAGAGCCGACCCCUGCAGGCUCUGCUGCAGGGACGGGGAGUGUGCUCCAGCGCCGCGUCCAAAAAACUCAACAACAUUCUUAUAACGGAGCAAAAACAAGAUAACGCUGGAAAUCAGGUAGUAGGCUGUUCCAACAAGACCACAACGGUGACGAUGGGGCCUGGCGUGGUGACCGUGAAGCGUGGGCACAGUCGGGGGUCGAUUGACAGCAGGCUUCCGAUGCACAACAAGCUGAUCCAGAAAGAUCAGAACAAGAAGACUCAAAGCUUCAAGUUGGAAUCGGUUUCAGGGGGAGCCAACAUGGACAUGCACAACUUCUCCCUGGAGAACAAGAGGGAGACCGAGUAUGGGCCGUGUCGGCGGGAGAUGGAGAGCAUCCUGAGCGGUCUCAAAAUCAGCAACGUGCUCAACCCGAAAGGUUUCCGCAUACCCAACUGUGACAGAAAGGGCUUCUACAAGAAAAAACAGUGCCGUCCAUCCAAAGGCAGGAGGCGGGGCUACUGCUGGUGCGUGGACAAAUACGGGCAGCCUCUUCCCGGCUACGAUGGCAGGGAGCGGGGCGAGACGCAGUGCUACAACCUGGAGAGCAAGUGAGAGGACGGAGGGACGACGAGUGGACGGAGGGAGAAAGACAGAGAACAAGCAGGGGGGGGGGGGGGUGGGUGGAGAAAGAGCCUAGUUUACUCGUGCAUGUAGUUUUAUGUAAACAUUUGGAAGGGGGCUCUGGACCUUUUUUUGAUUUUAGGUCCCAUUUCUGUCAGAGAGAUCGGGGGAGGGGAAAGGCUUCUGUCCAUCACAGCUAUCUGUCCUGUGCUUUUUAAGGAACCUUAAUUGUUUUCUUUAAAGCAAAAAAGCUGAGAGAGUAGGGGGAGGAAGAGAGAAUCCUUCCAUCUGCACUAUUCUUUUAGAGAGAGGAAGGAGGGACUUUUCCACUCACUUUAAAGAGGACUUGUUUGUGACUGUGCCCCGAAAAAAAAAAUUCACAAACUAUUGUGUGUCUGUGAGCGUGAGUCAGUGUGUGUCUUAAUGUGUGAGCACCCGCAUAACAUAUGUGCACAGCUGCAUGUCUGUGGCGUGUGAGUAUGCUCGUUCCCAAAAGUGUUUUAUUUCUGUAAAUACCGUAUGUCACUACGAUCCGUCUCGAGAUCCUAGCCCCCAAUGCUCCAUUAUACACUGCAGAAGGAAAAAUAACGCUCUCUGGCUCAGGGUCCAUUUUGAAGUGAAGGAUUAUGGGAUGGGAAGGCUUUGGCUUCUUAUCUAGCAGCGAGGGCCCUUCUUGUUGCCUUUGACUUGCCCUGCUAUUGGGAAGAGAAUACAGGCAAACCAUGCAAUUACAGUGCCUUGCAAACUGACCUUCCCAUGCCUCCCCUCCCCUUCACCCUGUAGUCCUCCAAUAAAGGAACACUUCACUGAACAUCUACCUUUUGAGUAUCAAAUACUCCUUCACCACAGGAUAACAGCAGACUUGAUGGAUGAUCCUAUAUGAAGAAAUCAGUAGAAAGAAUCUGGAACAUACUGAGGGAUCCCAUCAACAAGUGGAUUAAGAUGCAAAAUGUGCCAAAAUAUAAGCCCGGUUACAGACUUCUCUGAUAUUCUUUUGGUUAGAUUCCCAAAUAAGGUCUGUGGCCUACAAAUAUACGAGAUCACUCAAGUAUUUAAAACUAAAAGGAUAGAUUGUUGGUGAAGUGUUCACAUGCCGCCCUGCAGGGAUCAGUCUCAUGUCUCUUUCCCACCACCCACUGUCCAGUCCCUGUCCCAUUGUUCCUCUAACCUUGUGUCCCGUGUUCUUCCUCGCCCUUGUCCCGUGUCCAUCAUUCAGCUACGGUGCUGAGUUCCUCCCAUCAUAGAUGUCUUUACCCCCAUGUAAAACGUUGUCCUUGUCUGUGUGCCUGAUCCCUUCUCCAACCCCACUAUCCCGAGCUGUUAGUCCCCACUCCAGCCCCCUGCCCCACCUCUUCCUGUCAGUGGUGCAUAGUCUUGUUUAAACGGGGCGAGCCCGGUGUGACCGGCCCGCCCCCCGCAGGUGCCAGCUGCCCCUAUGCUUCAAGCACAAGCACUUAAAGCACUUUAGCUGUGCCGCUACUCGUCAAUGCAUGCCGUUAAAGACAAUUGGACCUAUCUGCAUCUGCAUACCUUUCCUUCGAGGUAAUGUCAGAUGAAUCAGUGUGAUACUGUAAGAAAACAAUAAUAACCCAGGGAGGAAGGGGGGGGAAUAAGACAAAAAAAAGCUACACCAGGACUUCUGACAGCAAACACCCCUUCAGAGUUUUUUCCAUUCAAUGCAACUAUUCUUUUGUUGUUGUUGUUGUUUUUGUUUCUUUGGAGAAAAAAAAACAUGCUUGUAUGAUCGUAUGCCAACAAAUCUCCACAAGGUGGACACAGCACCAAAUAUGCAUUCACACAAGUGGUAGGGGGUCUGAGGGAGGAGGCAAGGUCCUCCCGAGGAGCUUCCUGCAUGAUGCUCUCCCACAUCCUGUGUAAAGACUUGAAAAGUGGAGAGAGUGCUGACAAAGAAUGCUCGCCCAGUAGCUUGGUAGCAUUACAUCGGCCGCACACCUCCUUUGAUAGAGCGCAGCAACUUAACAACCAACUGUUGGUGCUAUAUCCCACCUAUUCAAAGACGUGAUGUAGGGGAGGAACAUACAUACAAAUAUGUUUAAGCUAUUCCCUCCCUAAUAUUUGUAAGUGUGUCUUUUUAUAUAUUAUUAUUAUUAUUUCUUGGCCAGCUAAUGUGUCGGACUAGACAUCAUGUACAGUACUUAAAAAUACAAAUUAUUUAUCUAAGAAAGAAUUAUAAGCUGAUCCAAACUAGGUUUUCUUAUGAACAAUUCAGUGACUCACCGAUUGCACAGCAAAGUCUAUUUGAUUCAGUGUAUUUUGGGGAAUAUAAUCACUAAUGACUGUUUUAUUUUGUUAUGAACCUUUUUUCCUUCUGUUGCUCUGCAGGGUCAUUUGUAAGCUCUGUGCCCAGCAGGCGAGUUUCAGCCACAGGCAGAAUCUGUUCAGGCACUCAGGUCUCUGGUUCACGGCUUCUUUAGGCCAGUGAACCUCUCACCUCUCCGUCAGUCACUUCUCUCCAUGCACACCCAGCCAUCCCGCCUCAGUCUGUCAGUGCAGAGCCAGGCUCACACUUCUGUAACGUCACUUUCUUUAUCAUCAUUUAUUUGCUCCCUGCUGGUCACGUUAAGAAUCUCUCUGUUCACGGGUAAAUGUAAUUGUUUUGUUUUUCAUUUCAAGUUUAUCCUUCAAAGAAUUUUUUUGAUUCAAGCUUUUCAUGAUACUAAACUAGAAAUCACACAGCUAUUGUUUUCUGAGAAAGAAAAUGAUUUUGAUUCAAGAUAUAAUUUGUAUUUAAUGUCUUUUUUUAAAUAAAAA